AUGUUUUUGUUUCCAAUUAAACGCCCUUCCUGCCCGUUCCCCUUCCUUUUCUUAAUCCUCUCUCUUCCCUUUUUCUCUUCCUCGUUUUACAUCCCAGAAUCCAACCCAAUCUUUGCCUUCAGGAAUCAGCUCAGAGAGGUGCAUCUCUACACAGAAAAUCACAGACGGGGUUUGUAUGUGGAGAUACAUCUGGAUGGGAGAGUGACUGGAAGUGAUGCUCAGAGUCCUUAUAGUGUGUUGCAGAUAAAGUCUGUUAAACCGGGUCAUGUGGUCAUAAAGGGACAGACAUCGUCCCUGUUCCUCUGCAUGGACGACUCCGGGAAUCUAAGAGGACAGACAACCUAUGACGAGGCUGACUGCUCCUUCAGGGAACUGCUGCUGGCCGAUGGCUACACCCGUUUCCUGAACUCACAACAUGGCGUUCCUUUAUCACUGGCAUCCAGAAACUCUCCAGAUCGACACUCCGUUCCUUUCACAAGAUUUUUACCUCUCAGGAAUACUUUAACGGUUUCAGAAGAAUCAACAAAAACUCAGAGGGACUUCAACCUGGACUCGGACGACCUUCUCGGGAUGGGACAGAACGUGGUGGUUAGUCCUCAGCUGUUCGUGGACUAAAAUACAGAACCACAAAGAAAUCAGAACUGUUUGGGUUUUAAAACUCUGAUACGUGAUUGUCUUCUAAUUUAUUAUUAUUGUUGGGUUUUUUUGGGGAUUCUUAAAUAUAAUUAAUACUGACCUAAGUUAUUUAUUUAUUUUUGUGUCUUAUUUAAAGCUUAUUUUAAUUUUGAUUCAUUCUGAGAAUUGCUCAGAUCUUUAGAGGAAAAAUGAAUAAUUCAGAUUUCAUUUCCAGGUAAAGAAAUUCUGGAAUUGCACAAUUGUAUUUGUGCAAUUCUAUGGGUUUUUUUUCUUUUUGGUAUUUCUAAUGCAGAGCAGUGCUCAGCACCUUCUUGCACAACAGUGGAAAAAUGCCUGCGUGGGAGCAGGACGCCCUCUAGUGGAAUAAACUAAUAAUG